AUGCUUAAGCCUCAAGUAUCCUCUACAAGGCAAAUAUGCCCGCUAGAUGGAAUAUGGAACUUUGCUGUUCACAAGGAGCCUGACUUGGAAGAUGAUAAGCUGUGGACUCAGACAAUCUCAUCACAGCUACAAGUUCCAGUCCCUUCGAGUUACAAUGACAUUUUCGUCGACGCAAAGAUUCGAGACCACGUUGGGUGGGUAGUCUAUCAGAGAGAUGCCAUUGUUCCUCACACAUGGAGCCUUGAGCGUUAUUGCCUACGAUUUGAUGCUGCUACUCACGUGGCCCGUGUCUACGUCAAUGAGCACUUUGUUCUGGCACACAGUGGCGGCUACACGCCAUUCGAAUGCGACAUCACAGAUAUAGUCAAGCCUGGCCAAAGAUUCCGUCUCACAGUUGCCGUCAGUAAUGAACUGACAUGGGAAUCGAUUCCGCCAGGGAAAAUCGAGGUCAUGGCAAAUGGUGACCGCAAGCAGACUUAUUAUCAUGACUUUUUCAAUUAUGCCGGCCUCGCACGGUCGGUUUACCUCUACUCGAAACCACAAAUCUCGAUACAAGACAUUUUUAUCACUACCAAUUUUCAAGAAAAUACUGGCCUUGUUGACUAUGUCAUCGAAACGAGCCAUCCUCUUGAAGGGGCGGAUGUCCGAGUGCGCCUCAUAGACGAAAAUGAACAAUGCGUAUACGAUGGACGGGGACAAAAGUCUCGAGCUGUCAUUGGCAAUGUGCGUCUCUGGCAGCCUGGUGGUGCCUACCUCUAUCAGCUACGCGCUGAAUUGAUCUCAUCAAGCGACCCGAAUACAGUCAUAGACUCGUACGAGCUACCUAUCGGGAUUCGGACAGUAGAGGUGGUUGGUAAUCGAUUUCUCAUCAACGGAAACCCUUUCUACUUUACAGGUUUCGGCAAACAUGAGGAUUCCUUGAUUCGCGGCAAAGGUCAUGACAAUGCGACCAUGAUUCAUGAUUUCCAUUUGAUGGACUGGAUUGGGGCCAAUUCCUUUCGCACUGCGCACUAUCCAUAUGCAGAGGAAGUCUAUGAGUUUGCUGAUAGACAUGGCAUUGUGGUGAUCGAUGAGACGGCAGCCGUCGGCAUCAACCUGGGUAUAAUCGCAGGUGUGUUUGGGUUUAAAGCACCGCCCACCUUUUCUGCCGAGUCAGCAAAUGAAAAGACUCAACACACGCAUCUUCAAGCCAUACGCGAGUUGGUUUCCCGGGACAAGAACCAUCCAUCGGUUGUCAUGUGGUGCAUUGCCAACGAGAUUGCCUCUGCGGAAGCUGGUGCGCGAGAGUACAUGGAGCCGCUAGUGAAGCUGACGAGGGAGCUCGACCCUACACGUCCAGUCUGCUUUACUAACAUGGCAUUUUCAAAAGUUGAUAAGGAGGUCGUCACGGAUUUGUUCGAUGUACUAUGCCUGAAUCGAUACUAUGGCUGGUAUAGUCAGAUGGGCGAUCUGGACGCUGCGGAGCAGAUCCUUGAAAAGGAACUACGCGGUUGGCAAGAGGCUCAUGAUAAACCCAUUAUCAUCGCGGAAUACGGAGCCGAUGCACACGCAGGGCUGCAUUCGGUUCUGGAUGUUGCCUGGAGCGAGGAUUACCAGUCUAGAUUUCUUGCCAUGUACCAUCGUGUCUUUGAUAGGGUUGACAACAUUGUGGGCGAGCACGUCUGGAAUUUUGCAGAUUUCCACUGCACUUCCAGCAUGACUCGAGUUGAUGGAAAUAAAAAGGGCAUCUUUACUCGUGAGAGAAGACCAAAGGCUGCGGCGCAGGUCCUGCGAAGGCGUUGGAAGGAAGACGGGAUUGCCGCUCGCAAGGCAACACUUACAAACGAGACAGGUAUGGGUGUUUAA